ACAAAAUGGCCGCUUACGUGAAACGGCUGCACCACAUUUCGCUGCACGUUUCAAACGUGGAUAAAGUCGCUCAUGAUCUCGUGUCCCGGUUCCAGUUUAACGUGUUUGCGGCCAGACUGACGGACCGGGCGAAGCAGCUCGCGAUCCGCCGCGGAACCGCCGUGUUCGUGCUGAACGAGAGAGCAAAAGAACCGCUGCAGAGCGUGAACGGACAUCUGGCGCGUGCCGCCACCACAGAGCACACGUAUGAAGCCCAUGCGCACUAUCCAGUGGACACCGUGUGUAACGUGUGCUUUGAAGUGCAGGACGUGGAGGGCUCGUCCAGGGAUCUGCGGGAUCAGGGCUGUGAGUUCAUCCUCCCGCCCACUGAAGCUCGUGAUGACCGAGGACUGGUCCGCUUCUCCAUCAUCAAGUCUAUAGUGGGUAAUGUGUGCCAUACUCUCAUAGACAGAUCUCAGUACCAGGGCGCCUUUCUGCCUGGUUUCCAUCAGGUCGGCACGGACACACAGACUGCAGACGGCUCUCCGUGUCCAAUCACUCAUUUCGAUCACAUCACAUACGCCUGUCCCAGGAGGAGCAGUCCUCACAUCAGACACUGGUAUGAGAAGAUCUUUGGCUUCCAGAGGUUCCUCAUUAACAGGAAUGAGGAUGUGGAGGAGGGAUUUGUUCUGGAACAUGAAGAUAUCGGGCUGCGACUGACUGCGAUGGACUACUGGAACUGUAGUGAGUCUGGAAUCAAACUGCCCUUCAGAGAUGCAACAGAGUCCGACUGCAAGUUUGUGAUCGCAGAAUCUCUUGCUCAGCAAGGCAGUAAUCAGGUGGACACGUUUCUGGAGCAGCACGGAGGCGCAGGGAUCCAGCACAUCGGACUGUACACGGAAGACAUCGUGUCCACGGCUGGAACGCUGACCCGCGCUGGAGUCCAGUUCUUCUCCCCCCCUCCUGCGUACUACACUGAGAUGGGUAAACAGCAGGAGAUCAUGGAUGCGGGUCUUGACCCUCACACACUGAGUCAGUUUGGAAUUCUUCUGGACACGGAUGUCCACAUGGACUCGGACAGUCCGAUCGCAGCCGGCCAACGGUAUCUCAUGCAGGUCUUCGCCAAACCCCUUUUUGGAGAGGAUUCGUUCUAUCUGGAGCUGAUCGAGCGGAAAGGAGCCAGAGGCUUCGGCGAGGGGAACGUCCGCGCGCUCUGGAGAUCCGUGCAGGCCUCCAUGAAUGAAGAUCACAGAAACCAGCAGACCGGACUAAACUGACUGCAGUUCUCAUGUGCGCCUGUAGAUGGUGAUGCGAGCCCUGAAGCGCUGUGGAACAGUCUGUUACAGCAUGCUGUUGUGUUUCACCAUCUGAUCUGCCUGUUCAGAUCUUUGUCAUGAUAUUAGAUGUUGGAUAUUUUAGUUAUAGAUAGAGCUUACUCAAUAAAGCUAUAUUAUAUUCCCGUGUGUGUGUGUGUGUGUGUGUGUGUGUGUGUGUGUACAUGGUUACCAGCUCAGACCACUUUUGUCGAGGUGAAGUCGGGCAGUUCAGUGUUUUAAGGAUUGACGUGUGAGAAUAGGAAUGCAUGUAAUCAGAUCUAGUUGCCGUUGAAACAGUAAAUGUAACUGGUGUUGCAGAUAACAGAGAUGAAUCUUGCUUUCAUGUGUGAAUGUUGAGAACGACCUGGAGUUCAGUAACACAAUCUGACCAA